AGUUUUGUCUCUAUAGGCGGGACUGCAGGCGAUCUGGUUGGACAGCUACAGAGUGGGGCCCCGGUGACUGGCGUCGGUUCUUACGGACGGGACGCUCACAACAGGCGGAUCUUCAGCUGGUUAGCGGACGGAUCCUCAGGAUGCCUUCAAUUAAACUCCAGAGCUCUGAUGGAGAAAUAUUUGAAGUUGACGUGGAGAUAGCAAAACAAUCUGUAACAAUCAAGACUAUGUUGGAAGAUUUGGGGAUGGAUGAUGAAGGAGAUGACGAUCCAGUACCACUUCCAAAUGUUAAUGCUGCAAUUCUUAAAAAGGUGAUUCAAUGGUGCACUCAUCACAAAGAUGACCCUCCUCCUCCUGAGGAUGAUGAAAACAAGGAAAAAAGAACUGAUGAUAUACCAGUAUGGGAUCAGGAGUUCCUGAAAGUAGACCAAGGAACACUAUUUGAACUAAUUCUGGCUGCAAACUAUUUGGAUAUCAAAGGUCUGCUUGAUGUGACAUGCAAAACUGUGGCAAAUAUGAUCAAAGGUAAAACUCCAGAAGAAAUUCGUAAGACCUUCAAUAUCAAGAAUGACUUUACUGAAGAAGAGGAAGCACAGGUGCGCAAGGAGAAUCAAUGGUGUGAAGAAAAGUGAACAUUUCUCUGCCUAUUAUUGUCUUCUGAUAUACGGAAAGAUUUUUUUUUCAAAUGCUGUUGCACUGCACUGUUUUGUAAAUGUUAAUUAUUUGGAAAAUGCAGGGGAAAAGAGAAAAAAAGGAUAGCAUUUUGAUUGCAUGAUGGUUCCUUACUUGUUCAGACCCUAUGUUCUAGCCUUUAUCUUGCUGUUGGAUUGGAAGUGAUGUACGGUUUUAUCUAUUAUAAUAGAGUGACUUCAAGAGGAUUAGAAUGCGUAUGUGUUAUAAAAAUUUUAAAAGUGUUUACCAGACAAAGAUUCUUUUAAUACUAUAUACAUGUCUUUCUCUUGUCUGGAAGGCAAAUGAAAACAGCAGGGUAUGCAGUGAGGGGGUUUUGUUCAUAAAUUUAAGACAACAGGGCAAAUUUGUUUGAAUGAAGUAAACAUUUAAUUUUUCAAUAGAGUAAAACUAUAAAGGUUUACAGCAUGAAGAGCUUACUUGGUGUUGUUAAAUUAAUAAUCUUUUUCUCCUUUUAUGCUUUGAUUUUUGAUGCAAGUUGUAUUCUGUUGUUACUGAAAUUUAGCAAUGCAUUUGUGCUCAGGUCCCAGUGACCACUUUGUAUGCCAACCAGGACAAUGAUCAUCCUAAGUAUACUUGCUAGUGUGAUGAAUGCAUUGUGGCUUCUGAUUUUUUUUAAUAUAAUUGUAUACUUGAUUUAAUUGGUUUUUUUCUUACUCCACUGCAUUAUCCUGUAAUUGUCUUUGAUCUUUGUAAUAAACAGUAUCGUAUGUUAAAUUGGCCUAAAAUACUAUUGAUUGCUCCCAAAUAGGUUCUCUGGAAUGUUCAGCAACACAAAUUUAAUAUAAUUAAAUCAAUGCAACAGGCAAGAUAAAUGUUACAACUUUAAAUAGGAUCCUUCAGUUACUGGAUUUGUUACUUCUGCAUUACCACAAAUAUCUUUAAAAUAUUCCUGCUUUUCUGUAAUUAUUGUAUGAUUUGUGUGUCAUCUUAUUAUCUAAUAAAAUAGGC